ACGGGGUAUUCACUGAAUCACGGACCACCGUUAGGGUUGAAAGCUGAAAUCCGUGCUGGUCCCAGUUGGGUGCCCAACGAGGCUUGGUCACAAAACCCUGAAAACCCCUAUUGCUUCAUUUUGUUUUCUCUCUUUGCUUCUCUUCUAGUUCUGGAGGUGUAGCAAACCAUGAGUUGGAGAAGCCUUCUUCUACGAAUUGGUGACAAGAGCCCCGAAUAUGGCCCCUCCUCCGAAUUCAAAGACCACAUUGACACAUGCUUUGGCGCCCUUCGCCGAGAACUCGACCACUCCCAAACUGAGAUUUUGGAGUUUCUUCUCACAUGUACUGAGCAAUUGCCUCACAAGAUUCCUUUAUAUGGAACCCUGAUUGGCUUGAUUAACUUGGAAAAUGAGGACUUUGUGAAACAACUGGUGGAAAAAACUCAAAUUAAAUUUCAGGAUGACAUAGAUUCGGGAAACUGCAAUGGGGUUCGUAUUACAAUGCGGCUUUUGACUGUAAUGAUGUGCAGUAAGGUUCUUCAACCAAGCUCUUUGGUGGCUGUCUUUGAAACAUUUUUAUCAUCUGCUGCAACAACGGUAGAUGAGGAAAAAGGGAAUCCCUUGUGGCAGUCAUGUGCUGACUUCUACAUAACUUGCAUUUUAUCAUGCCUCCCGUGGGGUGGAGCAGAACUUGUUGAGCAAGUUCCUGAAGAUAUUGAGAGAGUGAUGGUUGGUGUGGAAGCUUACUUGAGCAUCAGAAGGCAUACAUCUGAUACUGGUUUAUCCUUUUUUGAGAAUGAUGAUGAAGAUGGGAAAGGACAGAGUGACAAGGAUUUUUUGGAAGACUUAUGGGAUAGAAUACAGGCUUUAUCAAGCAAUGGAUGGAAGGUUGAAAGUGCUCCAAGACCUCAUCUUUCAUUUGAAGCUCAGCUGGUUGCUGGGAAGUCCCAUGAAUUUGGGCCAAUAAACUGCCCCAGCUUACCAAACGUGCCUUCAGUCCCAUCUGGUCUGUCUAUUGGUAAAGAGAAGCAUGAAGCAGAAUUAAAAUACCCCCAAAGGAUACACCGGCUAAACAUAUUUCCUUCCAGUAAAACUGAGGAUCUACAGCCUAUAGACCGAUUUGUGAUGGAAGAGUAUCUCCUAGAUGUCCUCCUGUUUUUUAAUGGCUGUCGAAAGGAAUGUGCUUCUUUAAUGGUUGGCCUGCCAGUUUCCUUCAGAUAUGAGUACCUCAUGGCUGAGACAAUAUUCUCUCAGCUGCUGAUGCUACCACAACCACCUUUCAAACCAGUUUAUUACACCCUGGUCAUUAUUGACCUUUGUAAGGCUCUUCCUGGAGCUUUUCCUGCAGUUGUAGCUGGAGCAGUUCGUGCUCUCUUUGAGAAGAUUGCUGAUUUGGAUAUGGAGUGUCGGACACGUCUGAUCCUUUGGUUCUCGCACCAUUUGUCAAACUUUCAGUUCAUCUGGCCAUGGGAAGAGUGGGCUUAUGUCUUAGACCUUCCAAGGUGGGCCCCUCAACGUGUCUUUGUUCAAGAGGUUUUGGAGAGGGAAGUUCGCUUGUCGUACUGGGACAAAGUUAAGCAGAGUAUUGAAAAUGCACCUGGUUUAGAGGAAUUGCUUCCUCCCAAGGGUGGGCCAAAUUUUAGUUUGGGUGCAGAAGACGGUAAAGAAAACAAUGAACAAGUGUUAUCUGGACAGCUCAACAACAUGGUUAAAGGAAAGGCACCUGUUCGUGAAAUAAUAUCAUGGAUUGAUGAAAAUGUGUUUCCAAAUAGUGGUCUAGAAGUUACCCUCAGAGUGGUUGUACAGACUCUUCUCAAUAUUGGAUCCAAGAGUUUCACUCAUUUGAUAACUGUUUUAGAGAGAUAUGGGCAAGUCUUUGCAAAAGUAUGUCCUGACCAGGAUAAACAAGUCAUGCUGAUUGCUGAAGUGAGUCUUUUCUGGAAGAGUAACACCCAAAUGACAGCAAUAGCAAUUGACAGGAUGAUGGGUUAUCGACUUGUAUCAAAUCUCGCUAUUGUGAGAUGGGUCUUCUCAGCAGAAAAUAUUGAGCAAUUUCAUACAUCAGAUCGUCCAUGGGAGAUUCUUAGAAAUGCAGUAAGCAAGACACACAAUCGUAUUUCUGAUCUAAGGAAAGAAAUAUUAUCCCUUAAAAGGAAUAUUUCAUCAGCUGAGGAAGCUGCCAAGGAGGCAAAAGCAGAGUUAGACACUGCAGAGUCAAAACUGACACUCGUGGAUGGUGAACCAGUUCUUGGUGAAAAUCCUGUUAAAUUGAAUAGAUUGAAAUCACACGCUGAAAAAGCAAAGGAGGAAGUAGUGUCUCUUCAAGAAUCUUUAGAAGCUAAGGAAGCUCUUCUUGUCCGAGCAAUUGAUGAAAAUGAGGCUUUAUUUCUCUUGUUGUACAAAAGCUUCUCAAAUGUGUUGAUGGCUCGCCUUCCCGAGGGAGCUAGAACACUCCGUGAAUUGAAGUCUGCACAAGUUGAUGUGACGGCAGUGGACCGUGAAGAACCAUCAUUAAUGGAAUUAGACAAUGAGAAUCAGAGAUCUGAAGACAGUCAGUCAAAUGGUGGUGGUAAGAAAAAUGGUUCUUAUAAUGUAGUAGGUGAAAAGGAGCAGUGGUGUAUCACCACUUUGGGCUAUGUGAAGGCCUUUUCUAGGCAGUAUGCUGCUGAGAUAUGGCCACAUAUUGAGAAGUUAGACGCAGAGGUAUUGACAGAAGAAGCACCGCCUCUUUUUCGGUCAUCUGUUUAUUCUGGUCUUCGAAGACCAAUUAAUGAGGCUUGAUCAAUUCUUCUGAGCUUUGUUUUUCAGAACAACGUAAAUUCAUUCUUUAGUCUGCUAGCAGCUAAGCAUUCUCUUAGUCGAUCAAAAGAGGAAAGUUGUAUGCUAUUGUAAUGUAAAUGACAAGGUUUGUAUGAGAAGUGUCCACAGUUUAGAUUCUGGGAGAGGACUUGACCGCUGCUACUGUAUAUUAUUUAUUUCAAUUAUAGCUACUAAUUGGAGCAUUAAUUUGGUGG